AUGAGAAGACAAGCGGGCCAAUUGGCCCUGGACAACAACGGUGUGUCGGAGUUGCUACAAGGCACAGACCGCACGAAACCCUCAUCGCAAACGCAAAGUACCACACCAGUGUUCAAGUUGGGCAACUUCGAAAGUCCUGUGCUCAAAGAGCUGUCCCGGCGAACGGUCAAUAAGGAGCUGGAGACGCAGAGGAUCAUUGCAAACGCGAUUGCAUUUGCGCUUUGGAACCUGCUGGUGAAGUUCAUCAGAUUCUUCCGAGACAACACUCAUGUUGGUGCGCAAUUUUGCAACAGGUUGUCCCGGCUCCAUCUAUACCUGCUCACGUUCCAUGCGGUGAAGCAGGCCAACACCGUGUACUACUCGACGUUCAGUUGGUUGACGGCGGAACUUGUCGACUACGUGUGCCAGCUAGUGAUCUCGCUGAACAUUCUAUUCUCCUUGUGGAAGCUUUUGUCCACCGUCAAAAUCGCCGAUUUGAGCCUGACCAAAAGGCAAAGAAAGCUCCUGGGUGUGGAUACGCCGUCCUCUGAUGACGGCGAGACGCCACAACGAGCACAGCAGCAGCCUCAUUACGUGCCCACCGCCAAGGCUCAAAAAUUGGCACAAGACAAAACGCAUAUUCCUCAAACUAGCACUAACCAUCCAGCAUAUCUCUUCAAGGGCCUAGAGACGCCUCUAAAGGCGAGACAAAGGGAAACAGCGGACCAGGCAAAACUGCAACCCCACUCCUUACUAACAAGCAACGUUUUUGGCAGUCUACAAAGAGGCCAAGCUACCAGCGGCACUCUAUUGAGAACGGUUAACAACAGUGACUCGCCGCACACCCCUGUAAUAAGAAAGGGCUACAUUCCAAGUAGUAAAUACGCAUACAUGAUGAAUUCACAAACUCCAAGAAAAAAAAUAUAA